AGGGAGAGAGAGAGAGAGAGAGAGAAGAGGGGGAGCGAGCGAGGGAGAGAGAGAGAGAGAGAGAGAGAGCGACUCUACGGCGACAGAGAAACGUCACACCGACUCAUCCGUCGCGUUUCACGGUGGUGUGCGCGAUUCAGGCCUGAAUCCGCCACCGGAAUCCGACAAAUACAGAGAACCACGCGCUGUCACGAGCUCAAAGCCGUUAGCAGGAAAACCGUCGGAUCGAGUCAAGGAAAAUCCCGAAAUAACGCGCGACCGCGGAGCGACGGUUUCACGGGUUUGAUGUCCCAGCUGAACUGAAGAAAACUAUGGAAUUCUCAUCUUACAGCACCUGAAAGAGAUUUAUACACACCAGACACGAUGGAAGAGCCGUACAAAGAUUCUGUAGCUGUAGACAUGGCGAACCCUCAGGAAGAGGUCUGCAACAGGGCGUCCGAUGGCGUCGGGAAACUUGAAAGCGAGGCCACUCCGAUAAUCCCAACCGAGACAUGGAACGUCACCUCUCCAGCCAUCACGAAAAGCUCCCUGUCACCCCUGCUCACAGUUCAAACCACCCCGGUUGUGACUCCCGCUGCAGAGUCUCCAAACGGUGUUGCCCUGAAAGUAGCGACGACCGUACUCCAGCCAAUCUGUUUGGGGGAAAGUCCAGUAGUGCUGCCAAUUCUCGCAGGUUCAACCGGCCCCCAAGUAGGACAACCAGGUGCAGCUUCCUACCUGAUGACCAGCCAAGGUCCAGUGUCCCUGCCCCUAGUCCUAGAACAACAAAUCCUCCAACAUUUGAAUCCUCAAUUGCUUCAACAAACCGCCACGUGUCCUGCCCUUCCGCUUCCCCUUCAAAACAACAUUCUGAACCCUUCCCUAGCUCUCGGUCCGCCCCCAGUCUUGGACCAAAAAGAUGCAUGUCCAGUGUUGGACACUAGUCUACUGACUCUCCUUCAGAACCCUAACUUUGCUGCCAUUAUACAAGACCUCUUCCCUAGUCAAGGCAACUCAUCCCCCACCUGUCACCCGACGUCUUCCCCACAAGUAGACAUCACCACAGCUUUCCUCCCCCCAUCACCUUUCUCACACCCCUACAGCUCCCCAUUAGCCCCCUUGGUGCCUCCAGCCACGUUACUUGUUCCCUAUCCCGUCGUAAUCCCGCUUCCAGUGCCUCUUCCAAUCCCGUUGCCAAUCCCAGUUCCAGUCUCCGUGUGCAAGGAUUCCAAGCUCGAUAUAGACCCCCCUAAAUCAUCUUGUAAUGUGAAUAAAAGCACACAGACUUCACCUAGUGACAUCUCUCCUCAGUGGAUGUUACCCAUCAAGGAAAUGGCAUCAAUCCAACCACCCUGCCCUGUAGUGACAGACGGAGAGGUGCUAGACUUAUCCAUCAGGGCGCCUCAACGUUCCAUUCGUGUUGACAGUCUGCAAGUGAUCCAGUCAUGUCAGCAGGACAAUGUCCUUGAUUUAUCUGUACCCAGUGUAAGGAAGACACGCAGCAAGUCUUAUAGCCCAUACGGUCCCUGGCCCCCUGACCGGGAUAGAGUGUGCCACAGGGGUGAUGAUGUCAGCAGUGGGACUUUGGCUCUUGGGGUUCUGCGGCCGGUGGACUGUACCCCAAAGCUAGAUACUAAGCUGCUAAGUGGUCUGGCAUCUUUGGAGUUCAGUCGGCAGCACAAGUGGGUGGUAGACAGCGGUCACAGUAGCGCGGUAGCUGGGGCGGUGCACGACCCGCACGCCCUCGCGGGAAGCGGCAACAUCGAGAUUGUCAGCACGUCGCAGACUGCCAAAGUCAUCGUGUCGGUCAAAGAUGCCAUGCCUGCGAUUUUCUGCAGCAAGCUGAAGGGAUUGUCAGGUGUUUCUACGAAGAACUUCUCCAUCAAGCGUGACGCAGGUCAGGGGGGAUUCGCGGCACUCCAGAGGGUCCAGGUUGACCAGCGAGGAGAAUCCAGCGACUCGCUCAAAAAGAUUCCUAAAAAUAGAGGCAUUAAAGUAAAGAAAGUGAGCUCGCAGGAGAUCCAUAUACUGCCCAUAAAAAAGCAGCGCCUGGCUGCGUUUCUUCCCAGAAAGUAACCCGUACGC